CACCGUUCUAUGGACUCCCCACUCCUCACACGGUUGUUCAGGCAACUGUUCUCGCGGCGAGCAUGCCAGUCUCUACGAUCGCAUUCCGAAUUGCCGUCUCGGAUACAGGGCACCACGAGGCAUGGGCAGAGCAGAAGUCUGUCGAGCACGGGUAGGAGACGAGAUGCGGCGGGGGAUAGCAAGCGCAAUGAGAGUCACUGGCAGCAAAGAACGGACCUGUUUCCCUUGGACAUGUCGGAGGAAUACCAGAAGUACCCGAUGGUUACGGCGGAUCAGUUGAGAGGGAGGAGGGAGCGGCCGCGGAGAGUGAAGAUGCUUGCGCGAGACUUCAUUGAAGACUCCCUGUACAAUCCCUCAUACGGCUACUUCUCCAAGCAAGUAGUAAUCUUCACGCCGGGGGAGCCAUUCGCCUUCAACAGCAUCGAAGACGAGCCCGAGUUCCACCGGCUGCUAGGGCAACGAUACACCGAAUUCGAAGACAAACUGGAUGCCACCGCUUCCAAUGAAUCUCGACAGCUCUGGCACACGCCCACUGAGCUCUUUCGUCCCUACUAUGGCGAAGCCAUAGCCCGGUACCUCAUCACCAACUACAAGCUCUCCCAAUACCCCUACCACGACCUAAUAAUCUACGAAAUGGGCGCCGGGAACGGAACCCUAAUGUUAAACAUCCUCGACUACAUCCGUUCCACAGAGCCCUCCGUCUACCACCGCACCAAGUUCAAAAUAAUCGAGAUCUCGUCCUCCCUCGCCAAGCUCCAAGCCUCCCAACUCCUCCGCUCCGCAAACUCACGUGGCCACGCCUCAAAAGUAGAAAUCAUCAACAAGUCAAUCUUCGAAUGGGAUACCGUCGUGCCGUCACCUUGCUUUUUUCUGGCAAUGGAAGUCUUCGAUAACUUCGCCCACGACGCCAUCCGCUACGAUCCCUUGACCGAAGAACCUUUACAAGGAACAGUGCUCAUCGACAACGCUGGCGAGUUCCACGAAUUCUACACCCCGCUCAUCGACCCCGUCGCCUCGCGCUUCUUACGAGUCCGGCACGCCGCCACAUCAGGCCACUACCCCCUCCCCUUACCUCAAAGCAAGAUAUUGCGGAAGUUGAGGGCAAGAAUGCCGUUUAUGGCGAACCUGAGUGAUCCGGAGUAUAUACCCACGCGACUGAUGCAAUUUUUUGAUAUCCUGGGAAGGUGCUUUCCCAGUCAUAGGUUGUUGACGAGUGAUUUUCAUGAUUUGCCGGAUACGAUUAAGGGUGUGAAUGCGCCUGUGGUGCAGACGAGGUAUCAGAGGAGGACGGUGCCUGUUACUACGCCUUAUGUCCAUCAAGGCUACUUCGACAUCCUCUUCCCCACAGAUUUCAACGUCAUGGAACUCAUGUACAGAGCCAUAACAGGCAAACUAACUCGUGUAUUGUCACACGAAGAGUUUCUUCGACGCUGGGCAUAUGUAGAAGAGACGGAGACGAAGAACGGGGAGAAUCCGUUGUUAAGCUGGUAUAAGAAUGCUAGUGUUCUAACAACGGUGUAGACAAUGCACACAUACCAAUUUUACUUGACGGG